AUGUCAGAUUUCUCUUUCUUCACGUUUUCGGGAUCCCUGUUCGUUUCAGUGAGCUGCCUCAAUGGAGGAACUUGGAAAGAAAACUUCUGUGAUUGUUCCACAGGUGUUGGAGAUCAAUGCUCUCGCUGCAAGAAUGGAGGCACCUGGGAUGGGGAGAAGUGCCUGUGUCUCACCCCCUAUGGUGGGGAGUCAUGUGAGGAGGUGGUCAACAACAUUGACAUAGCGACACCGGAGACUGUCUCUGCCCAAAUGGAACUGACUGUGACAGUGACCAGUGUGAAGUUCACCGAUGAGCUAAAAAACCACUCUUCCCAGGAAUUCCGGGAGUUCAAUAAGACAUUCACAGAACAGAUGAACAUUGUGUAUUCCGGGAUCCCUGAGUAUGUUGGGGUGAACAUCACAAACCUACGUCUUGGCAGUGUGGUGGUGGAGCAUGACGUCCUCCUAAGAACCAAGUACACACCAGAAUACAAGACAGCUUUGGACAAUGCCACCGAGGUAGUGAAACAAAAAAUCACAAAAGUGACCACAGAGCAAAUAAUGACCAAUGAUAAUUGCUCAGCCUUGAUGUGUUUCAACACCACUGGCACCCAAGUGCAAAACAUUACAGUGACCCAGUACGACCCUGUAGAGGAAUGCCGGCAGAAGGCCAAGGAAUAUGGAGACUACUUCCUAGUGGAGUACCGGGACCAGAAACCAUACUGCAUCAGCCCCUGUGAGUCUGGCUUCAAAGCCUCCAAGAACUGUAACCAUGGCAAGUGCCAGAUGUCUGAAAAUGGAGCCCGGUGCCUCUGCCUGACCACGGAAACUCACUGGUACAGUGGGGAGGACUGUAACCAGGGCACCCAGAAGAGUCUAGUGUACGGCCUCGUGGGGGCAGGGGUCGUGCUGGUGCUAAUCAUCCUGGUAGCUCUCCUGAUGCUCGUUUUCCACUCCAAGAGAGAGGUGAAACGGCAAAAGUACAGAUUGUCUCAGUGGUACAAGUGGCAAGAAGAGAACGGUGGACCAACUCCUGGGACCUUCCAAAACAUUGGCUUUGACAUCUGCCAAGAAGAUGAUGACUCCAUCCACCUGGAAUCCAUCUAUAGUAAUUUCCAGCCCUCCUUGAGACACAUAGACCCUGAAACAAAGGUAAGAAGGGCCUGGAUGGGAUGCUGGCCUCCCCCAACCUUGAGACUUUCUUCUCCUUUCCUGCAUGGUAGGACCUACAGGAAAGCAAAACCAUGUUUACAGUUUAUUGGUCCAGGUGAUUCUCCCAGGUCCAUACUGCCAGGAAACAAGCCUAACUCAGGGGAAGAAUAA